GAGGAAGUGAAGACUUCAUACCUGAAUGGAUGGAUAGAUUCGAACAUCACUCACGGUUUGACAGGUACUGCUUAUCAGCCUCAGCUAUAGAUGUGAACUUUGGCUUAAUGUCUUAGUCGAACAGAGGACAGAGGAAGUGAAGACUUCAUACCUGAAAGAUGGAUGGAUUCGAACAUCACUCACGAUGAGUGAAACAGUAUUCAUUUGGACCUAUCUCUCAGAUGACCGCAAGGAUUGACGUCAAAAAGGCAGUUGAUUAAAAAAAUGAGUCUUUCAGGAGAGGUUGAGGAUGACACCUCAGAUGGAAUGCUUUCAAUGAACUAUGAGGACACUGCCAGCUCUUCAAAGAUUCAGUCAAAGCAUAACAAUGAUGAGGGCGAAUCGGAUAGUAGCGCAUCAGAGAUCCAUGCUUCAGCAGAGUUUGAGGUUGAAUUUGAGGCUGAAAGAAGUACUUCAGAAGGUAGGCUUUUAGGGCAGUAUGAGGUAGAUGGUAAUAAUGCAAAGGUCAGACUUUCAAAGGAGUAUACUGAUGGAAAUAACACCUCAAACAUGCGCCUUUUGGGCGAAUUUGAGGACCACGGCAAUACUUCACAAAUGUGUAUCUCAGCAGAGCUAAGAAGGGGCGAUCUAGUUGGCACUUCCAAACUGGUCCUCUCUGGGGAGUGGGAGGGGGGAGCUAGGCUAAUGAAAAUGAGUGUGUUUGGAAGUUUAAAAGACCAGAGUUCUUGUACCAACAUGAAAGUUUACGGUAGGCUCAGAAAACCAGAUUCUAGACAUGCAUGUGAAAUUAAUAGCACAGAUGGAGAUGAAAGUAACUCUGAGAUAAAGACCUUCAAGAGAGAAAGGUAUGCAGGCCCAGAUGGCUCUAGGAGGACUGAAAAGGAGAAAUAUGCUUCUAAAGAGAACCUCAGUGAGGAAAAAGAGGAAGUUUCACCAACUUCUCAAAUGAAUGCUUUUGAAGACACUCAACUAGCCGUUCCUGGCAUAAAUGCUUCUCAGGAUUCACAUUCCAGAAUUACAUCACAGAGACCAGAUUCUCCAGGUGCCGGUGUGCAUAGUGAUACUGGCAGUGAUGACUCCAUGACAGCCCCCGCCAAUUUCACUGAGCAGGACAAACUGCCUCAUAGAAUAAGACCACAGAGACCAGAUUCCCCAGACCCCAGUUUGGUCAGUGAAAACUCCAAGAAAGACGGCCCAAAUUUCAGUGGACCGGAUAGACCACCAUUCAGACCAAAGAGACCAGACUCUCCAGACCCCAGUUUGGCCAGUGAUUGCUCCAAGAAAGACGGCCCAAAUUUCAGUCGACCGGAGAGACCACCAUUCAGACCACAGAGACCAGAUUCCCCAGACCCCAGUUUGGCCAGUGAAAACUCCAAGACAGACGGCCCAAAUUUCAGUGGACCGAAUAGAUCACCAUUCAGGUAAGCUACGUGUUAGAGACCAUUGUAAGGUAGAGCCACACUUUGUGUUUUUUUAAAGCAGACAUAUUGAACCAGGGGUGUUUGAUGCACCUUAAUAUUCAGUGUGAAUGACUUUGCUUUAUCAAUAUUGUGGAAUAAGACCAAAGAGACCAGACUCACCAGACCCCAGUUUGGCCAGUGAUUGCUCCAAGAAAGACGGCCCAAAUUUCAGUGGACCGAAUAGACCACCAUUCAGGUAAGCUACGUGUUAGAGACCUUUUUUUAAAGUAUUUUUGGGGGCAUUUUGGCCAUUAUUAUUAUAGGACCGUGUGAGAGUAGACAGGAAAUGACUGGGAGAGAGAGAUAGGGCAGAGUCGGGAAUUGACCCCGGCCAGACUCGAACCGGGGUCCCUGUGGGCAAUGUAAAACCAAAUGUAGGGGGCUUAGCACGCUGUGCCACAGCAGCCCCCAAUAGAGACCAUAUUAAGGUAGAGACACAUUUUCUGUGCAUUCAUAUGUGCAUUGCAUCGCAAAGCAUCCCCAACCACA